AUGAAUCUCCUAGACCCCUUCAUGAAAAUGACAGAAGAACAGGACAAAUGUAUCUCCGACGCCCCCAGCCCCACCAUGUCGGAUGAUUCUGCCGGGUCCCCCUGUCCCUCUGGAUCCGGCUCGGACACGGAGAACACCAGACCCCAAGAAAACACCUUCCCCAAGGGUGACCCGGACCUGAAGAAGGAGAGCGACGAGGACAAGUUCCCCGUGUGCAUCCGAGAGGCGGUGAGCCAAGUGCUCAAGGGCUACGACUGGACCCUGGUCCCGAUGCCGGUCCGGGUGAACGGAUCCAGCAAAAACAAACCCCACGUGAAGAGACCCAUGAACGCCUUCAUGGUGUGGGCCCAGGCGGCCCGGAGGAAGCUGGCUGACCAGUACCCGCAUCUGCACAACGCGGAGCUCAGCAAAACCCUGGGCAAGCUCUGGAGGUGA